AUGGCGUCGAUGUGCGGGAGCGGCAAGAGUCACCCCGCGAUGACCACCGGAAGCUUCUACAGGAGCGGGGCCUACCCCUACCAAAGCGACUUUUAUCUGCCGCCGAGGUCGACGUGGUCGACGGUGCCGGGGGUGCAGGGGGUGCCGGCGCCCUCCAGGAGCAAGAAGGGCAGCUCCAAAUGGAAAAUCGGCAGCGCGGUGCUAAUCGUUACGGCGAUGCUCGUCUUGCUCGCGGUCCUCGCCAUAGCUGGACUGGCGCUGUGGAUGGGAGCCCUCCGGACCGACUCCAAAAACGCCAUCGUGGGGUUCUUCUGCAGCUUCAGGGUCGUCCGAGGAGAGCGAUACAAUCCGAUGCUCAAGUUGAACACCAGCAUGGUGUUUCGCGAAAAGGAGCGCAAGUACAAGAACAUGUUCGAGUUGCUCUUCAGGAGGAGCAUCCUGGGGGCGGCCUACAAGAACGCGGUGAUCGACCGAUUCGAGAACGGUACUCUGCGAGUCUUCUUCAGGAUUUACCUGGACCGCAGGAAGAUCCCGAGAACGAUCGCCAACGUCGAGGACGCGAUCGUGGACGUCAUAGCCAAAGAGACCUACUCCUCGUCGUCGCUCUUCGAGUCCAUGGAGCUGGACCUCGGCAGCGUCACCGUCAAAAGAAUCGAUCGGGAGACCGGCGGGAGUCUAAAGAGCGGCCCGCAGGCGAAUCAGCAAAGGAACGCGAUGAUCACGAAGAACGGCCUGCUGAGACCCAGCAGGAACAGCUCGCUGAUCACCGGCACCAGGAGUAAACCGAAGCCGACCAAAAUCGAGCCCGACGAGGCCGACAUAGACUUCGGCAACAUCCCGACCAUCCAGGGAACCUACAAGGCCACGAAGUUGAACACGACGAGCGGAUCCACGCCCGAGGGGGCGACCACCGUGGAAGUCGCGCGAGCUCCGACGAAAGGAACAAAGGAAUCGACGACGACGUCAACGAGUCCCGGCACCGAUAGCCCGAACGUCGUCCCCUCCCCGGCGAGUCGUCGAAGGACGACCGCGAGCACCUCGCCGCCCGUUUCGUCGACGACGCCAAACGCCAGCGAGCUGUUCAGCCCGGAAUUCGAGACCUCACCCUGGAAACCGAUAGUCCCCGGCUCGAUCGACGCGGAACCGGGACCGAUUCCGGAAACGGCAUCGACGGGAAGACCCGACCCGGUUCCCGCGGCGGAGGACCUUUACCUAGGAGAAACGGCGUUCCCCAGGGACAGAAUAGUGCCUCAGGAGAUGGUGAACUUUAGGGUGAACGGCAAGUUCAAGAAGGAUCCCCCUCGGGUCCUCGAAGAGGGCGCCCCGUACCCGUCGGAGGCCAUCGAAGUGGCCGGUCGACUUCCCGAGGAGACUUACGACGUGCACCUGAGGACGUCCUCGGGAUCUCCGGUGACGUCCUCCGGCUUUCACGGAAUGGCGGCGGAAAUCCAAAGUCCCUCCCGGAUUCGCCAAGGCGUCUCGGAAACGCGGGAGCGGCCCGGUUGGACGGAAACGGUCGGGCUCGAUGCCUCGACGACGGACUCGACCACUCCGUACACCUUGCUCGGUCAGAUAUCCGGAAUCGGGGUCGCGGAACCCGUUCCGGAGGCCGAGAUCGACGCGGAGGGCAGAAAUCGUUUCUCCGAUAUUGCCGCCGAGAGCGAGGACGCAAAGGGGGUCGAGGAGAAUCCGAGGGGUCCCGUUUACACGAGUUACAGAACCCCCGACCUAAACGGCGCGGCCAGACCCAUCUUGGUGGAGAACCGCGGUACCGCGAAACCGUUCCGGCACACGAUCCCCGUCGACAAGAUCACCUUCGUUCUUGAUCACCUGGUCGACGCCGAUGCGGCCCAGAAGGAUCGCUCGUCGCUGCCAGAGACGGUCGACGACCUCCCCGUCGUCGUCCGGCGCACGACAUCCAACGGGACCGAAAUCGACGAGACCACCGAGAUCGUCCGCUUGACCAAAUUGGAAACGACUGGAUUUGGAAAAGUCGACGCCGGAACGGACAGUCCGGACGUUAUUCCCUUUUCGGAGCUCCCCUCGGAGGACCGGGCCGGAAACCCCGGUGCGACCCCCGCGGGAGGAGAAGAGACCGACGGGGGUCCUUUGAACGUGACCCAAAGCGGGCUUUCGGAAAAUUCGACACCCAGGAACUCGACUUACGUGGAAGUCGACACCGUACAGCACGACAACGACCGGAACGAGGACUCUUUGCCCAAUGGCGACCCGCUGGAGGCAAAGCCCACGGCGAGUCACCAGGAAAAGAGAAGGACGACCUACAACGACACCUUGAAGGCAAACGUCGUCGAGGAUCGCGCGACGCUGGCACCAGCCAAGAGCAACAGCGGGAUCGGCAGACCCCUCAGGCCCAGGCCCAAGAUCGACCGGGACAAGUCCACCAGGAUCCUGCAGAGCGCGUCGACGUCGCGAGACGUCGAGGUCGCCAUUUUGGAGGACCUCUUCGGAGGCCCGCGAGACGAGCAGCGGAAAAUCGAGAGGGGAGGCCCUUCGGACGACGUCGCCGCAGAGACGGACGACGAGGGAGCGACGACGCCCAAGGCGAAGGAUUUUCGGGAAGAGGUCGAGGUCGUCACGUCGAUUAGCACCGAGAUCGCUUCCGAGGCGGACGGCGAGCGAGUCGUCCUGAGGCUGACGGUGACGAACUCCACUUCUUUGCCGGAAAUCCACGAUACGUCCCACCUGACUCAAUCGAGGGAGGUCGAGGACCUCGGAAUCGCGGAAUCGGAACCGGCCGAGGGCCAGACCGACGGGAGGACUUCGAAUCUCGAGGAGAGCAAACUCCUUCUGGAGAAGCUGAAGCAGCUCGCCGAGGUCAGGACCGGCAAAGACCCCGGAAAUUCGGCGAGGAAUCUGACGAGCGCGAAACCGGGCGGCCUCUCGGAGCCCCUGGAUCCGCAGGAUCGUCGCCACGAGGUCGACUUCGAGGCCCUGAAGAAGAUAGCCGAGGUCUCCACGGGGAACGGGACGGGCCCGAGAAACUUCUCUUCGAGCGUCACCCUGAGCCGCGACGGCGUGCGGAUCUUGACGAAGAUCCUGAACAGGAUGGAGGAUCCCACCACCGAGGGAAACCCCGUCACCGCUCCGGAGAAGUGCUUCGGAUUCCGGUGCGAGGACGGCAAGUGCUUGCCCUCGAGUGCCAGGUGCAACAUGCUGGGAGAGUGUCGAUCGUCCGAGGACGAAGCCAACUGCACUUGCGCGGACUUCUUGAGGGCGCAGUUACUGGAUCGCAAGAUCUGCGACGGGACGGCCGACUGCUGGGACUAUUCGGACGAGACCGGCUGCGAAUGGUGCAGGGAGGGACAAUUCGUGUGCGGCAACAGUAGAUCCUGCGUGGACCAGGAAAGAGUCUGCGACGGCUUCAAGGACUGCCCCGGGGGCGACGACGAGAAACGCUGCGCGGCCUUGAUCGAGGAUUCGGAAUCGAGUUCCGGGGACGCGGAGAUCCCGUCCACGCUUCCGGAAGAAAUUCGUCAACCUGGCGCGGGACUCGAGCGACGCGAGGUCCUCCCUUGGAGGGCGGAAACCGCGAGGGACCGAGAGGCCGUCGACUCCGAGACGAAGGGGAGCUCGGAAGGUGCCGGGAGAAUUACGGGGUCCGAGGCCUCGAAGGGGACCCCACGGCCCGGGGAAAUUCUCGACCGACUUCCCGAAGACACGGGCGAAGAUUCCGUGGCCGGAGUGUCCGGCAGAGAGAUCUCGGAAAACGCGAAGAAGAAUCACGUUCUCCGGGCGAACGGGCCCCCGUUGGGAGGCGUCGACGUCGUUCCUCGGGAAGCUAACGGAUACGGCAGCAACGGAUUUCUGAGCGUGAGGAAAAACGGCAAGUGGGGGAAACUCUGUCUCGGAGGAAUGGAGAAUCUCCUCCAGGAACGGCGCGCUAUCUGGACUAUCGAGGACCUGGGUCGAGCCGUGUGCAAGGCGAUAACAUAUCGCGAUUACGAGAGAGUGGAACGCGUCACGGAGGAUAAGAAGUCUGGAUCAAAGAAUCGACUGUACUACGGUCUGACCCACAAUGAGAAAUCUUCGGACAAGAGCGGCUUGACGUUCAAACCUUCCGACUGUCCCGGUGGGGAGGUCCUCAAGGUGAAGUGCAAGGACCUCGAGUGCGGAAUAAGGACUCAGCUUCCCACCCAAGCCAGGAUCGUCGGGGGUGGAAGCUCCUCCGUUGGCAGCUGGCCCUGGCAAGUGGCACUGUACAAGGAAGGCGAUUAUCAGUGCGGAGGAGCCUUGAUCGACGACCGGUGGAUCGUUUCCGCGGCUCACUGCUUUUAUCGGACCCAGAACGAGCACUGGGUCGCCAGAAUCGGCACCACCAGAAGAGGAAACUUCCCGAGCCCUCACGAGCAGAUCCUCCGGCUGGAUCACGUGUCCUUGCACCCGGACUACGUCGACAACGGUUUCAUCAACGACGUCGCGCUCCUCAGGCUCGAGAGGCCGGUGACUUUCAGCGACUACGUCAGACCGGUGUGUCUUCCGGAAGUCGAGCCGAAAACGGGCGCCGUGUGCACCGUCACGGGCUGGGGCCAGCUCUUCGAGAUCGGGCGGAUAUUUCCCGACACUCUGCAGGAAGUCGAUCUGCCGAUGAUCUCGACCGAGGAAUGCCGAAGGAAGACCCUGUUUCUUCCGCUCUACAGGAUCACCUCGGGCAUGGUGUGCGCCGGCCUCAAGGACGGCGGCAGAGACGCGUGUCUCGGGGACAGCGGAGGACCCCUGGUCUGCCCCGGACAGGACAACCGAUACACCCUUCAAGGUAUCACUUCGAACGGCUACGGUUGCGCCAGGCCAGGCAGGCCAGGAGUCUACACGAAGGUGUUCCACUACUUGCCCUGGAUAAGACGCGUCACCGCCGAAGCCGAGGAGAAGCUGGCCCCUUCGACGAGUUCCUGCAAGGGCCACAGGUGUCCCCUGGGCGAGUGUUUGCCAAAGUCGCGCGUCUGCAACGGGUUCCUCGAAUGCUCCGACGGAAGCGACGAGCGCGGUUGCGCGUCGAGUUAA